AUGGAGCCCAACGUAGUGGAGAUCGCUACUCCUCUCGCUUCUUGCUCGAGAACUCUAACGCCGAAUAAGGGUGGAAUUCAAGAACAAUAUGAAUUGCAAAACGGAGGUGUUCAUAGUAACAACAAUGUUGAUAGUAAGAACAAAGGGAAGGGUAUACAAUAUGAAUCCCUUUCUUACGAUGGAUCUGCUAGUGACUCAACAAACAACGUUGAAUCAAAUAGUUUGCUAGACCCUGAUUCUUUGAUCUACGAAGACGACGAUGAUCAAUAUGGGUAUGAUAUGGAGGAUGAUGAUUAUGAUGAUGAUGCUCCUGAUGAAUACUCCAUGUACCAAGACAUAUUCGACUCCAAGGACAUCCCAACUGGUGUUGAGGUGUCAAUGGAUUGGUUCCCUGACAAGGAAGCAGAGGUACCAGAUGGGAAUACUGCUACUGGCAAGAAAGAAACAAAACCAAGCUGUUCUUUCAAGAACCUGGCAGCUCCUGUCGCUCAGCCAUGGAAGGAUUUACCUCACAACUCUGCAGGAGUCAUACCAAACUCUGCUUACGCAUUGCCUCAGAACAGUCAGGCUCUGGCAUCUACGACUGUCUCCACGUGGAAGCAUUCUUCUUCCAGUGUUGUCCAGCCUCAGACUCCUGAUACUGUCAUGGGGGAGGCUCCGGCUUCUUCUGGUUUAUUGCUUCCGGUACCAAAAAAGUUAUCAAGUUAUGCUCAUUUGGCGACGCCUAGAGUGGAUGAGGUUAUUUCACGUCCGGAUCCUGGAAGGGUUAAGAGAAACAUGGAAGAGUUUCUUGGGAGUUAUUUGUUUUUCAAAAGAUUUGACACCGUCGAAGAUUCUUCGGAUCACUAUUUUGCUGCUAAGGGAAAUAGUUCAAAGCAGAAUUCAAAGGCUUGGGUGAAAAGGAUCACAGAAGAGUGGAAAAGUCUUGAGAAUGAUUUGCCAGACAUGAUAUUUGUGAGAGCUUAUGAGUCAAGGAUGGAUCUUUUGAGGGCUGUGAUUAUUGGAGCUGCAGGAACUCCUUACCAUGACGGUCUCUUCUUUUUCGAUAUCUUCUUCCCGGAUACAUACCCUGCUGUGCCACCGAAUGUGCAUUACCAAUCUGGUGGGCUUAGAAUCAACCCAAAUCUGUACAAUUGUGGGAAAGUGUGCCUGAGUCUUCUCGGCACUUGGAGUGGUACCGGGAAGGAGAAAUGGAUCCCCAACAGCUCAACAAUGCUACAGGUUCUUGUCUCGAUCCAAGCUCUAAUCUUGAAUGAGAAGCCUUACUUCAACGAGCCAGGCUACGAGAGGACAGCUGGUUCUGCACAGGGCGAGGCCCAGUCCAAAAACUACAGCGAAAACACAUUCUUGCUUUCCAUGAAGACGAUGGUUUACAACAUGAGGAGACCACCAAAGUAUUUUGAGUUCUUUGCGUAUGGGCAUUUCUUCAGCUGUGCUCACGACUUUUUGAAGGCGUGUGAUGCUUAUAGAAACGGAGCUCUGGUGGGGUCUAAGGUGGUGAAGGCAGUUGAUAAAGAUGGAUCUAAGGUUAAAGCAGGUGAUGAAGAAGAAGCGGUGGUGGUAGAGAAGAGUAGUAGCGAGAGCUGCUCUCCCAAGUUUAGGAAAGAUGUGACUACCUUUGUGGAGACAGUCUUGUUGAAUGAGUUUAUUCUUCUCGGCGUCAAAGGUCUCGAACCGGAGGAAGAAGAAGAGAAUCCCUCUGAGACUAACAACAUCGUUGCAGAGAGCAGCAGCGUUAAGAUAUCAGGCUCCAAGAGAGACAGAGUUUCAUCUAACUGA